GGCAUUGGAACUUUACGAGAUCCAAAUUUUAUUUAGACGCAUGCAUAUGCAAGCAGUAAACAGACAACAGCGAAAGAAAUCAAUCCAUAGAGCUAAAGAUGAUGAUAGGAACAACAGGAUACUUUGCUUUUGCUCUUGUUCUUGCAUCAUCACUGCUUUCUUACUCAAUAUCAGAGGCCAAUUCUUGCUCUUCUUCAAACGUCCAUCUAAACACCAUAAAUUCUUCAUCCUCUUCUGAUUUAAAUAUUUAUUCUUCUUCUCCUUCUCUUUCUGAUGAAGAGGAAGAAGUAGCAAGGAGAAAAACAUUGGCAGAAAACAUACUUUUACUUUUAGGAACUGAAGAUCAAGCUGCCAGAGUCAACGCUGCGACAGCAGAAAGGAUUAGAUCUUGCUUCAAGUAUUUCGUGACACCCACUUCUAGUAACAAUGCUUCUGGUGAAUUCAUUUGGUCAGCACCACCUCUAAUCAAGGAUCUUGCCCGGGAAGCAGCUAAGUAUACUGGCAAUCCUCGUAAUUUUAUUCACAGUCUUGUGAAUCCAGAGAAGCUGAACAUACCUGAUGCCAAUGGAACAUGGGCUGAUGGACGCAAAAUUCAACAUUGUACGCUAACGCAACUAGAUUACGGAUAUAGCUUCCAACGAAAUGAUUAUACUAGUUACUUCAUAAGACUAUUUGAAUUUAUUGCUGACCAAGCUGGUGCAUCUGUGGGAUCCACGGUGAAACUAGACCGUUAUGACUUAUUUCACGGACACAUGUUUCUUGCACCCGACACUCGAAGGAUCGGUGUCAUAUUUCAUGCUCAGGAGUACCCCAGAUUAAAUCGGAGAUCGUUUAAUGUGGAACUUGGUGUUUGUCAAAGAGAUGGUAAUAUGAUGGAGUACAAUCAAACCAAUAUGAAUCUACGAAACAUUCUCUGGCUCGCGCCACUGUUUGACGAUACGGAUGCAGUAGAGUUGGCACCUGGAUUUCUGGUUGCCCUCGACGCCCGUCCAAGAGGAAUCAUUUAUGAAGAUCUUGUCAUGAACGACGCACUGCUAUACCAGAAAAAGGGCAUGUCAAUCACUAACGCUGAUUUCGGAACCGACGUUGGUGAUCUCAACUACUUGAAUGUAAAAACCAAUCCUAACGAUGUCGACAAUUACAAGUUUUACGUUUGCCAGCGGCGGCCAAUUCGGUGCUCCCCUAGUGUCACUUCAGAAUAAAUGUAUAAUCAUGUCUAAAGUUGCUGCUGCGCUGAUUUUACUACAAGCUUAAAAUUAGUGUCCAACCGGUCGAAACACAUUUUCAGUGUCAUUUUGGUAUAUCCAUCACGUGCUGCUGUGCCGAGCCAACAUUGUCGUUUCAUUUCUAGAUGUGUGUUGACUAUAAAUUAAGCGUGUGUACUGAGGCUAGAACAACACUGUAGCAACUUACAAGGUUUUCCUUUCCAAUUUGGAUUUUCCCUAUUAUAGUUUGAGGAGACGAAAUUCUUUGUACUCAUUUUAUUAUUAAGGAAGCUUUU